AUGAAUUCUCAAAAUUUGCAAAAAUACCAGUCCUUACCAAAUCACAACAAAAAGAGGCUAAACCAAGAGCAAAUUAAGCUUUUGGAAUCAAGUUUCGACUCAACUAAGAAGCUCGAGCCGGAGAAAAAACUCCAAUUGGCAAGAGAAUUAGGGAUUCCUCCACGACAAAUUUCCAUUUGGUACCAAAACAGGAGAGCUAGGUGGAAGAAUCAGAAUCUGGAGAUUGACUAUAAUGCCCUUCAGCUCAAGCUUGAAACUGCAUUAUCUGAGAAGUUACAAUUGGAAAAAGAAACUGAACGUCUACGAGGGGAGUUGCAAAAAGUAAACCAAAUGUUAAUUGCACUAAAUGGAGAGAGUGCAAUAAAUUUUCCUUCAUGUGAUGUUUCACUAUCUAGUUGUUGCGAGGAAAGAGGGAGCUCUAGCUUUCAAGAUGUGAUCAGCUAUAGUACUACAUGGGUACAUGCUCAUGAGGCUAAUAAUCUGCAAUUUAAUGAGCUUUAUGCUUUGAUAGGUUUAGAAGAAGGGUCCAAUAACUGUCGUUCAGCUUGGUAA